CUCUGUGCUUGCUCCAUGUUCAGGGAACUCUGCUGGGUUCAGCUGCCCUGGUGGUCCAGAGUGCUCUGUGCACCACACCUGAGCCUUCCCCAGUGCCCCUGAAUCUAGAAGGGCUGGGGUUCAGUUUUGAAGUGUGUGGCAAUGGUCUCUCCUGGCUGGUGGCUCACAGGCUCCCUUGGAUCCCCCCUGGGCUCCUGUGGGAUGUCCCCUCCAGCACAGUGAGCUCUGGUGCUCCCUGCAGUUGUGGGCAGCAGCAAAGAGCUACCCCAGACUUGCCUUCCUUUUCCUUUUGGCCAGUUCUCUUUCAAAUGUUGAGGUUGGGCAGGUCCUGGCAAGGCUGUCCCUGCAGCCCUGGUGUGAAGAGCCAACAAGCCCUUGGUCAGCCCAUCUGGAGUCCAGUAGCACUGGAGAGAAUCCUGAGGGAGGUGGCAGCAGGUCCUGACAGGCACGUAACCCUUUGUGGAUGUGGUGGAUCAACCAUCCUGGUCUUAAGCAGGGGGAUUUUGUGCCCAGUUUUGCUGGUAUUCACCCAGAGGAGCUGCAUGAAGCAGUAGUUUGCAUCUCUGGCUGAGGACAGCUGAGCCUGGAGAUGAUCUGAUUGUGCUUUGGAUUUCAUGCCCUGAGAAGUCACGCUGUGGACAACAGCAGCUGGAUCCAGCAAGGAUCCUGCUCUCAGCUGAUGUCCCUCCUGGGGGAUGGUGGCACAGGGAGAACCAAACAACAUGUUUGAGGUCCCAGGGUAACUGACUGCAACCAGGAUGCUCCUCCAGAAAAUUCACACCCAGUAGAGCAGAGCAGGGAGCUUUGGCUGCCUGACAGAGCUGGGUUGAGUGGUGAAUAACCCUCUCCUCUGUGUUGAAGGAACAGCUUCUGGCCUGCUUUGCCAGCAGAGCAAAGCAAGACCCUCUGGUCCUCCUGGAAGGAGCAGGUUUUUUGCAGCUGAAAUCUGACUGCAGAAGGGUGGGAGAAACCUGCUGCUGUGCCAACAGCCUGGCAGCUCCUGGACGCUGGGGCUGGAGGUGCAAGGCUUGUGCUUGGAGAGUCACAGCUGGAAAAGCUCAGGAAAAUCCCUCAGGAAAAGACCAGGCCUUCCCUUUAGUCCUUGGGUUUCCAGCUGCUCCUUGUGCUGCUGGCCUGCAGGCAUGGGUGCUCUUGCUGUCUUGGCCAGGACCAGGCUGAUGGGUUGAGGAGGUGCUGCUGGGGUUAACUGGGAAGAGGAGGGGGUUUGUGGCUCCUGCUCAAGGGUUGCCAGGACAUCCUCUCUCUCUCUAAAGGAGGCUGCAGCUCUGCUGGCUGCUUGUUCCUUCCCUCCUGGCUCUGGGGAGAGGCUGUGCAGGCUGGAGGCAGCAAAUGUGCAUGGGAAGAGGGAAGGCUGAGGGGGAAGUUUGGCUCAUCCCCAGGGAAAACCUCUUUUAUUUUGUUCUGCUGAAAAACCAGGCAGAAGUAACCACUGAUACUGCUUUUCCAGGAGGGAUUUUUGCUAUCUUUCCUUUCAAAGGUCUGGUGGGUGCAGCCACCUUCCAAACUACACUGCACAACAGAAGUGUUUUUCUCAGCUCUGUCAAGGCCUCUGAGCUCCUUGCUGCAAGGAGGAGGACAAGGGCCACCCUGAGCCAUGUCCAGCGACCCCCCGCCCCCCUACCCGGGCGGCCCCUCGGCGCCACUGAUCGAAGAGAAGCACGGGCACCCCCUCUCCUCAGAUGGCAUCGCUCCUGUGGUGGGACAGCCCCAGGGGGUUCCCAUCCCCCCUCCAGAAUUUGGGCCCCCCCCAUAUGAGCCCCCCUCUCAGCCAGGGUUCGUGCCCCCCCACAUGCCCACGGAUGGCUCCGGGCCCUACGUGCCACCCGCAGGUUAUUACCCACCCCCAGGCCCUCACCCCACCAUGGGCUACUACCCUGCUCCAGGCCACUACCCCUCUCCUGGUGGCCACACGGCCACAGUCCUGGUCCCGUCGGGAACUGCCACCACAGUGACAGUGCUGCAGGGAGAGAUCUUCCAGGGAGCCCCGGUGCAGACCGUGUGUCCCCACUGCCAACAGGCCAUCACCACCAAGAUCACCUAUGAGAUCGGGCUCAUGAGCUUCCUUCUUGGCUUCUUCUGCUGCUUUGUGGGGUGUGAUCUCUGCUGCUGCCUGAUCCCCUGCCUGUUUGAUGACUUCAAGGACGUGACCCACACGUGUCCCAACUGCAAGGCCUACAUCUACACCUACAAGCGCAUGUGCUAACAGCAGCACCCAGGAGCCUCCCCUGCUGCCCCCCCUGCCUGUGCUGCACCCCUGGCUUCCCCCUCCGGGAGGGUCUCUCUAUCCCAGCCCCCUCCCCCCUGGAGCUGCUCCCACCUUCCCCAUGCUCCGGUCCUGGCUGUCAACGGUUGGGUUGGUAACACUGGUGUGGACACAUGGGUGGGGAGGUGGGCCCAGCCCUGUGGGGGGUGUCACCUCUUUUCAACCACCCCCCCUUGAUGCUUCGGGGCUCUAGUGGGGAUCCUCUGGCCUGGAACAUCCCAGGGGAGAGCAGCACCUGCUGGAGGCCCCCCCAGCAGAGGCAACAGGGCCCUUGUGGCACUUUUAGGAAGGCCCUGGUGGUGGCUUAGUGGUCCCACCCCCCCAAGAGAGGGUGGUGCCAGGUCCCAGCACGUUUCACAGCCCCUGCCCCAGGAGAAGCAGGCAGAGCCACCUGCAAGGUGUGUUUGGGGGGGGGGGGGGGGGGGGGGGGGGGGGGGGGGAUGGCAGCAGCACUUACACCCUUGAUCAGCACCUCCGUCCUGCCCAUGGCACUGGCUGCAUGUGCCUCCUCCAGCCCCCACCAGCUCCCUGGGGGCAGGAAAGCCCCUGGCAGCUCCUCCUCCCCCCUGGCAGCUCCUCCUCACCCCUGGCAGCCUGUUAGUGAGACCUGCACCCAGCAUGUCCCUGCCUGCCCUGGCGCUGUAGGUUAGAGGAGCUGCUUGUUCCCCAGCUGCAGCUCUGGAGCAGCCCCCCUGCUGCAGAGCCCCUCCCCAGCCCAGCAGGGUUUGUGGGUGCACAUCCUGCAGCACCCAUCCUGUCCGCCCCCCCCCCCCCCCCCCCCCCCCCCUCCUCCCUUACCCCCCCCCAGCUGCACCCCCCUCCUGGGGGCCUCUUCCUUGCAUGCAGGGUGGGGAGUUAUUUUUAGCUCACUUGUUAUGGGGCAGAAGGAAGGGGACAAAGAGGGGCAGGAGCUGCUGGCAGCACUCAGAUGAGGGCAAGAGGACCUGGGAGCCAUUUUCAGCCUCUCCAUGGGCUGCUCCUCCUGCCCCUGCCCCUCCCACCCACCCCCCUGCCCCCCCAGCAGCCAGGGGGGGUCCAGCCCCCAGCACAAAGGGGGGGGGGGGUGGGUGGGUGUGUCUCUCUCUCUCUCAGGACACAGGUCUGCAGACACCCCUGGUGUUUGCUCAGUGGUGGAACCGUGGCACUAGUCAAGUGUUUUUAUGUAAAUAAAUAACAGACCCUCA